GGACACAUUUGCUAAUGAAUGCUUGUUGUAGUAACAGCGGUUUCCAAGGGGAGGAGAUUAUUAAAUGCAGACCCCCAGAAAGCUGCGAGGAUGGCGACAAGGUGCAGCUAACAUUCCGCAAAGAAGACAAGUGGUCUAUGUUUUCCAACUGGGAGCACUGAAUGGAGAUAUCACAAAUACACGCGUCCCCGGAGGCAGAUAUUUGUUCUCCUCAAAAUAUUAGUACAGCAUGGAGCCUGUCCCCGGAUCCAGGACCAUCAUCAGACUCUGAACUCUCCUUCUACCUGGAUAACCUUCAUUGCCAGGAAGGUUGCACCCCUCGGAGAAAACUGCUGCUGACGCCGGAACUUUUGACUCCCAGCCCAAAUCAGAACAGAGAGGUUUCCCAAGAGAUGACGACGCCGACAGGUUCAGAUAAAACCACAGCUGAAGGUGAAGUAGGGAAAAGGAAAGGAUCUGGCUCACAAAGAGGCUCUGAUCCAAAAAUGGAUCAAAAUGCAUGGAAGGUACAGGGUACGAGUGAAGACAGAGACAGAGAUGCGAAUAAGGAGAACAAGCGGUUGCGAGUGAAGCUGUCCAGUCGGUUUGCUGGUUCCACAGCACUUCAGGGUCUGGCCAGAGGAAGGGGACAGAGACAGAGUCCUGAGGCCAGCAGGGAUCCUGGGAAGGAGCGAUGGACUGAGCUUGCGACUUUGCUUCCUGGACAGUGGGCUCAAUCCAGACAUAGGCUACACCCGCUAGACAUCCCAGAUUCUGUAGAUGAGGAUACAAAUCUCAUUGGAGACUACAGCAAGCCACAUCUCUUUCCUGUGGAGCGAGGGGAACAUCUGGAUCUGCAGUAUAUAUCAGCACAGACAGUGGCAUCGCUCCUCAGUGAAAACUAUCAGGGUGUCGUGGAGAGCUACCUCAUCAUAGACUGCCGCUACCCUUACGAAUUUAAAGGGGGGCAUAUCAAGGGGGCGGUGAAUUUCCAUUCUGAGAUGCAGCUGCAGGAAGCUCUUUUCCAGGAUACUGUCAUUUUCCAAAAGUCCCCCAGGACAAUGUCUCCCAGCAGCCUCUCUACCGCAGCCUCUCUUUCAGAUGCAGGCAGUCCCAGCCAAUGGGGUGCCUUUCAGGAACAAAUCUCACAAGGAAGCACGUCAGAGAGUGGGUCCUCACCAGACGGUCCCUCGCCAAGGAAACUCAUUGUCUUUCACUGCGAGUUCUCUACUGAAAGAGGGCCCAGACUAUAUAGGAACUUGCGGAAGCUGGAUAGAAGCCUCAAUGUUUACCCUCAGCUUUUUUACCCCGAACUGUAUGUCCUAGAAGGCGGAUACAAAGAAUUCUUCUCCCAGUUUCCGGGCCUGUGUGAACCUUCUGGCUACGUCCCAAUGCUACACAGAGACUUCAGGGAGCAACUGUGCAGGUUUCGUAGGAAAAGAAGAUCACGUGCCAUGCAACACAGAAAGAAGCAGCUUUUUAAAUCAGGUCUCUAGUCUACAAUGCCAUGCUACUAUGAGGUGUUAGAAAUAAAAUUGAAUUAAAGACAUAUUUAAAGACCAUUAUCUUGGACUGGCUGUGCAAUAAAAUGAUCUUGUACCCAUAAAUAAAGUAGGCCUAUUGGCCCCUGAAUAUGUCCCAUUAAAUUAUAAAAUAGCAACUAUUACAGACUUGUAAAUCACAAUUUGUUUGGCAAAAUGACUGUAAAAGUAAAUAUUUAAUCAAAUGUUACGUAACCCAAUACUGAAAUCUAAUAUAUGGAAAAUUCUGUAAAAAAGAAUAGUCAUUUCAAAUGUGUAAAGUAGUGCACUUUAUUAUUGAUUCAAUUAUUGACACCCCUGGUUUAAUACUUACAUACAGUAAAAACCCCUGGCAAAGAUAACAGUCUUUCCUAUAAUUUGUGAUAAGGUUAGAGAACACAUUUGAAGGGAUUUUUUUUACCAUUCCUCCAUGCAGAACUUCUCAGAACCAUUGGUAUCCUUGGGUUUGUGCUUAUGGACCCCCUCUUCCAUUCAGACCACAGGUUUUUGAUGUGAUAUAAGUCUGAGGAGGUCACUGCAGAAAUUACAUUUCACUUAGCUAACCAUUUCAGUGCGUAUUUUGAUGUAUGGGCGGCACAGAUGGUGCAGUGGGUAGCACUGCCGCCUCACAGCAAGGAGGCCCUGGGUUCGAAUCCCCGUCGGCCGGGGCCUCUCUGUGCGGAGUUUGCAUGUUCUCCCCGUGUCUGCGGGGUUUCCUCCGGGUACUCCGGUUUCCUCCCACAGUCCAAAGACAUGCAGGUUAGGCUGAUUGGAGAGUCUAAAUUGCCCAUUGGUAUGAGUUUGUGAGUGAAUGGUGUGUGUGCCCUGCGAUGGACUGGCGACCUGUCCAGGGUGUAUUCCUGCCUUUCGCCCAAUGUAUGCUGGGAUAGGCUCCAGCCUCCCUGCGACCCUGUUCAGGAUAAGCGGGUUAAGAUAAUGGAUGGAUGGAUGGAUGGAUUUUGAUGUAUGUUUAGAGUCAUUCUCCCGCAGGACUAUCUACCUAUGACCAAGUCUUGGCUUCAAUGACCCACCUCCAGGGUUGUUUUGCAUUCAUUCCUUUUUUUGCUAUGCAAUUUUCAAUCACUAUGGUAACAGGAUAUACCAUUUGAAAGCAUUACAACUCACGGUUCUAUCUGUAUAACCAAUUUUAUGUAUUUUUUUUGUACCAAUUGCCAUCUGUCUCUUCUGGCUUUUCCAUGCUGAUGGAUGACAAUGGGAUUUUGCAUCCGUGUUACCUUAUUUUUAUACUCUAGUGAAACAAGAAGUGAUGGAAUGACACAAUAUAGUUCCUUUAGACUGAGAUUUACUAAAUUAAGUAAACUGAUAUUGACAAUU